AUAUAAAUAUGCCCUUGAUUUCCACAUCCGUCUCUUGAAAUUAAAGUCGUUCAGCUGAUCACAUCAAUUAGUACUCUUUAUCUACAAAUUUGGAAUCCCAUUUUUCCUUCUUUCUUUCUACACUCACCCCAAAUACUCUCUUUUUCUCUACUGUCAUUUCAUAUCUUACUUUCUUACUUACCAAAAUUUCUUGCAAGUUGCAACACAUUUGUUGGAUAAUCUCUUCUUCUUCUUCUUCUUCUUCUUCUUCUUCAUUUCUCAACUUUUAACAAACUUAUAUAUAAAUCUUACUCUAACAACAUAGCAUCUCAAAGAAACAAAAAUUUUAUUGUUAGUUUAUGGCAAGGGUAAUUUCACCCCUGAACCAAGUUAGGGGAUCAUUUAUUCUCUUCAUUAACUUAUCUUUCCUUUUCUUACUCGCUUUCUACUUAGCAAUUCUCCUCUUCUCUUCCAAUUCCCAUCUUCUUCAUCAUCAAUCCAAAACAUCACCAAAUCAUGUUGAGAAAUUGGAUGGAAGUGUAAAUUGUAGUCAAGUUCAUCAUUUUCAUAGUUACCAAGAGAAGUGUGAAUAUGUGAAAUCUACUAAAGGGUGCAAACCAGGCGGAUACAUAAAUUAUCUUCAAAUAUUCUACUGCAUCUGUGGUUCAAGUCCUGGUUUAGGCUACACCGUACUCAUUCUAUGGCUUAUUUUGUUAUUCUAUUUAUUAGCUAAUACGGCUGCAAAUUACUUCUGUUCUUCAUUAGAGAGUUUAUCAAAAAUCCUGCAACUUUCUCCUACCAUAGCCGGUGUUACUUUGCUUUCUUUGGGUAAUGGUGCACCAGAUGUAUUUGCUAGUCUCGCUUCCUUCAUGGGAACCACCGGAUCCGGUGGCGUCGGUCUUAAUAGCGUAUUGGGUGGAGCUUUCUUUGUGUCGAGUGUGGUUGUGGGGGUGAUUAGUAUUUCUAUAAGCUCUAAAGGGGUAUCGGUUGAUAAAUCGAGUUUCAUUAGAGAUAUUCUGUUCUUCCUCCUUACACUUGGUUCAUUGCUAGCGAUUGUGAUUGUUGGAGCGAUAAACAUAUGGGGAGCCAUUGCUUUUGUCUCUCUUUACUUCAUUUAUGUCUUCAUCGUCUCUACGGCACAUAUAUGCCGGAAAAAGGAUAUCAAGGUCAGUAAUAUCUUUGAUAUUUCUCCUAUCACUAGAACUCUUUUUGCAUAUGACCCCAAUGAACAAUUUGGGGAGUUUAGUACGCCGUUGCUAGGUAAUGUCAGUAGUGAUGAUGUCGAAAAACUUGGUUCAGUCCAAAAAUGUAUUGUUAUUAAUGAAGAUGAAGAUAGAGAGGAUAAUCAGAAUGGAUCAACUAUAAAUUGUUUCGGGUUAUUUGAUACGUCGGUUUGGAAUUACUUCAGCUGGUUUCUAUAUAUCAUAGAAUUACCCAUUUACUUACCAAGAAGAAUGACAAUUCCUGUUGUCAGUGAAGAGAGAUGGUCCAAGUUUUUUGGAGUUGUUUCAGUUGCAUUGGCACCGAUCUUAUUGGUUGUUUUAUGGGUUACUCAGAACAAAGCCUUGGGUUACAACCGCAGCUUAAUGGUUUACUUAGCUGGUGGAUUAGUAGGAAUUGUGUUCGGAACAAUUGCAUUUGUGACUACUAAGAGUGCAAACCCUCCAAAGAGAUGUUUACUUCCUUGGUUGGUCGGAGGAUUCUUAAUGAGUGUGGCUUGGACUUAUAUUAUAGCCGACGAACUGGUUUCACUGCUGGUCUCGCUUGGAAGCAUAUUUGGGAUAAGUCCUUCAAUUCUAGGGUUAACUCUACUUGCUUGGGGGAAUUCAAUUGGGGAUUUAGUAGCAAAUGUUGCAAUGGCAGUGAACGGUGAUCAAGAUGGUGCUCAGAUUGCAAUUUCAGCUUGUUACAAUGCCACACCAACACAAGAUAGGAACACUAUUGGAGUGGAUGAAUGUUUGUUGUGAAUCUGUCUGGAGAUCAAUUUAGGAAUGGAAUAAGAAGAAGCCUACGUAAGAAUGCUGCAAUCAAAUGGAAGGUAUGGGACAUUAUAUGCAAAUGAUGGACUGUUUGGAUUAAAAGGAAUGAUAGGUAUUUCAAUGGCAAGUAUAACACUUUAAACAACAUUAUUGAAAAAGUGAAGACUUUCAUUUUUAAUCGGUAUGUGCGUACUUGUAUUUUUGAGGAUUAUUCUAUUAGAGAUGCUAUGCAAAAUUGAGAUGCAGUUCUAGGUCAUAGGUAAUGUGUGUCAGCUCUAUGAUUGAGCUUUUGUAAAUCUUUUACACAGUUUUUGCACCUAAAAUUCUAAACGUACCGUGAGUUUUAGACAAAAAAAAACGUCUAGACACAGAGUGCACCCCAUAAACUUGGACCCCUGUAAAUCCUCCUAGGUGGGGCCACCCAAAUGUGUCUAAGCGGUUUCAAAUUUGUUUAAAUCCACGGUUCGUUUAGAACCUCUGUUUUUGCACCUUC